CAUGUAGAUCGAACGAAGUGGAUUAACGUAUUUAAUUUCAAUUUUGUAUUUUCACCCACAUUUCCUUCCUUGCAUUUGCAUUUCCUCAAGUCCCAGAAUUUUUGGAUGUGAGAAAAGAACACAGCGAUGACUAAUACGAUUGUAGGGUUGAAACCCUCACUCUCACUCUCACUCUCAAUUCCUCUUUCUCACUCUUUCCCAUUCUCUUCUCCCCUUUCUCUCAAACCCCACCCUCUCUUUCUCUCCCCCAAACCACACCCAUUUCUCAAAUUCGCAAACAACAACAACAACAAUGAAUUGAGGGAACAGGGUAACACACAGCAACAACAGCAGCAAAAAAAACCACCCAAUGGUUCCAAAGAAGAAGAAGAAGAAGAAAAGGUUAACGAUUGGAGCAAUCAAAGACGAACCAUUUUGGGGUUCAAUUGGAGGACCCUUUUGGACCCUGACCCCGACAACGUCCUUGCACUUGGAUUAACCGGUAUUCUCACUUGGGCAAGCGUGCAAGUCCUCUGGCAGCUCUUGUUCAUCUCCUUGGCCAUUCUCACUGCUGCCAUCAACCUACCGACAAUUUACUGCCGUGCACUGUCGCUUCUGGCGACGUCAUUUUUAUUUUUCUUGCUUCUGCUUCUUCUCCCUUCUCCCUCAUCUCAGCCACCAUCUUCAUGGCCACUGAGAUCUGUGGAUUUCCAAAGUGGGACCUCUCUCAAAGCGCAGUCUCCAACACCACAAUAGAAUCCGAGAAUUAACUUUGUAAAUCAUGACUCAAAUUAAAUGUAAGCUUAACAUAAAGAUUCUAAUUAAAUCAACCCACACUUAUAAUCUAGCACUGAUCUUGAACCCUAAUAAGUCAUUAUUCCAAUUUCCACAUCCCAAAAUCGUAAUUUUUAAGCUAUUUAAAUAAUGCAAAUUUAAUCUGCAACAAAAGCUAAACCUAGAUUUUUCAUUAUUAAGAAUUGAGAAUUGGAACACAAUCUGAUGCUCAUCUUCAUAGUCUAGUCAUCGGGCUUGUGGAGGAGAGAGAUGGUGUGGGCGCGUAAGACCUUGCUGAAUGCCACGCUUUGUAGUUCGUGAAAUCUUCGAAGGGACUUAUGUAGUGGUUGUCGAUUUGGUUUGUGAGAGUGAGUGCUUGAGAAUCAGAGAUUGAAAAUUCCGAGACCAUAGCGAUGCUGAUGAAUGAAGACUCGACGAAAAUUGACGCCAGAGGAGUUACACGAAUCUUGCUAAAGAUAACCAAAAAUAGUUCGCAUUGGUGAAGCAUAAAGGAAGAAGCAAGCAAAUCUCAAUGGCAGAGGUGAGCAGCAAGCAUAUCUCACAAUAGCAAUAAUGAGCGACACACAACAAGAGUUUUUUUUUUUUUUAAUUGAGCCAUGGCCUUAGUUUUGGUAUAAAAGAAGAGGGUGGGGGGCUACAGAAGUCAUGGCCCCCCAAUGUUUUUAAACUUUGAUAAUAUCAUAUAUAAAAUUAUUUUCUGCUCUCGUC